CCGCACUUUCGGGAUGAACUCCCAGCUGCGGUUAGACGGCGUCCCUCCUUUCCCGCCGUUCGAAAAGGUCGCGAGGCCGUUUUAUUUCGGGGAAGCUUUGGACCGCUCUCUUCCUCUGGACAAGCCCACCAGCCUCGAGCAAGAUGCCUCUUACCCCCAGCCCAGUGCCGAACGAGAUCCGGAGGCCGACCGAUCUCGGGCCCACCACUGGCCGGCGUUUCAGGUCGCCGAUUCGUGCCCCAGGAGAUGCUACUGCAAACAUCAGGACCAGAGGAAGCUACCCAAAAAUGUUCUGGCUUGGCUCAACCCGUCUGCUAACCACCUGACGGAACCUCCCUGGGUCGCCACAGCCAUGCUGGCCGUCUCCUUGGUAGCCGGCACCAAGUUCUGCCUGGAUUCUUACAAACAGCAACACGUGGCCAACGAGGACUGAACCAUUAGCUGCAAGCUUCCUGCUCAAUAAACCUUCUACAACACCAGGAGAGUUUGCUCGUGCAUCCAACUUUGCCACUUUUAAGGCUUGUGGACUUCGA